AUGAUGCAGCAGCAACAACAAGGGAGUAAUGGUAACAACAACCGCGUCGUAGCUGUAAAUGUAACACCUUCUGGUACACCAUCUCCUCCUAACCAUGACUCUUCGAAGCUCGAUCAGACACCAGGAUGGAAAAAGUUCUUUACAUAUGUUGGUCCUGGUUUUCUUGUCUCUUUGGCCUACCUUGAUCCUGGAAAUAUGGAAACUGAUUUGCAAGCUGGAGCUAACCAUGGUUAUGAGCUGUUGUGGAUUAUACUUAUUGGACUUAUUUUUGCACUUAUCAUUCAAUCAUUAGCUGCAAAUCUUGGAGUAUGUACUGGAAAACACCUUUCAGAAGUCUGUAAGGCUGAAUAUCCAUUAUUUGUCAAGUACUGUUUAUGGAUAUUAGCAGAACUUGCUGUCAUAGCUGCAGACAUACCUGAAGUGAUUGGGACAGCAUUUGCUCUUAACAUACUAUUUCACAUUCCAGUAUGGGGAGGAGUUCUGAUGACUGGAUGCAGCACUCUCUUGUUUUUGGGCCUCCAAAGAUUUGGAGUUAGGAAGUUGGAACUGCUGAUAUCGAUCUUAGUAUUUGUAAUGGCUGCAUGUUUUUUCGGAGAAAUGAGCUAUGUAAAACCUCCUGCUGCUGGUGUAGUUGAAGGAAUGUUUGUCCCUAAACUCAACGGAAAUGGCGCCGUAGCCGAUGCUAUUGCCCUUUUGGGUGCCCUUAUCAUGCCGCACAAUCUUUUCCUCCACUCUGCUCUAGUGUUAUCUAGAAAAAUACCUGGUUCUAAGCGCGGCAUCAAUGAUGCAUGUAGAUACUUUCUCAUUGAGAGUGGUUUUGCUUUGUUUGUUGCAUUUCUAAUCAAUGUUGCGAUGAUUUCUGUGUCUGGAACUGUUUGUACUGCCAAAGACAUUACUCCUGAAAAUGCUGAUCGCUGCAGUGAUCUUACCCUUAACUCCGCUUCUUUUCUUCUCAAGAAUGUAUUGGGACGUUCAAGCUCGGUCAUAUAUGCCAUAGCAUUGCUAGCUUCUGGACAAAGUUCUGCCAUCACUGGAACCUAUGCAGGCCAAUUUAUCAUGCAGGGGUUUUUGGACUUAAAGAUGAAAAAAUGGAUUAGGAAUUUGUUGACUAGGAUUGUUGCUAUAGCACCUAGUCUUGUUGUCUCUAUUAUUGGUGGUUCUUCUGGAGCUGGAAGACUUAUCAUCAUCGCAUCGAUGAUUCUUUCUUUUGAACUUCCAUUUGCUUUAAUUCCACUUCUUAAGUUUAGUAGCAGCAGUACUAAGAUGGGACCUCACAAGAAUUCAAUUAUUAUCAUUGUCAUCUCAUGGAUACUAGGUUUGGGAAUCAUUGGUAUCAAUGUGUACUACCUCAUUACUGCUUUUGUUGGUUGGAUAAUUCAUAGCAGUUUACCAAAAGUGGCAAAUGUGUUCAUUGGGAUCAUAGUGUUUCCUCUAAUGGCACUAUAUAUUGUUUCAGUUAUCUAUCUAACCUUUAGAAAAGACACUGUUAAAACAUUUGUUGAGGUUAAGGAUGACCCAGCAAUGCAAACCCACUUGGAAAAAGGAUUUGUAAGCGAUGGUCAGUUAGAGUUGAGUAAUGCUCCUUACAGAGAUGAUUUAGUUGAUGUUACACUGCCAGAGGGACCUAGGUUGUGA